AUGGACCCACAGAGAAUUAUCAGAUUGCAAAAGUUGUACCAGCACUCCAACAAGGAGUUGUGGUUGAGAGGACCACGCUCUAAGGCUUUGGUGUACCCAUUCUACGGUUUGUUCGCCGUUUCCACCGCUUGCAGUUUGUACUGGACUGGCAGAGCCAUUGCCGGUUUGAAGGACGAGUAA